AUUCCGAGAACUCCACCUUGAAUCCGAAGUAUGCCUCAUUUGCGGCGCAAAAAUGGCCGAAAGCCAGCCUGUGAAGCCUGUCGCCGCCGCAAGCUAGCCUGCGACCACGAGACCCCCGCCUGUCAGCGGUGUCGCAGACUAUCCUUGAAAUGCGUCUAUCUGGCCAAUCCCCUGGCCAAAGCCCGCGCCAGAAGCGCGCCAGAGGGCACACCAGACAUUCUAAGUGGCAGCGAAAGCGACCAGGUGGCAACCAAGACCUGUCCGGGCGCACAAUCCACCACGCCCAUUCUCGAAAGCUCCGCGGAGUACCUGGGACCCACGAGUUUCGCAUCCGUGUUUGUGGAGCACAGGGACCGAUUCGAAGUAGAUCAGGCAUUGCGGACUCCGACCGGCGAAGAUACCAAUGAAGGUGCUCAGUCGCCUGCCCAGGGGAAUAAUGCGAUCACGUCGAGACUGCUUCAAUUGGGGGUGCAGAUUUUACAGAACUUGCCUGAUGAACAUACUAGCAAUCUGCUAUUUGGUCACCAGACCUAUAUUAUGGAUGCAUGUUUUAGACCGGCAUAUCGAGUUGCGUUGGAUCUGAUGUGGGAUGAGUAUCGAGACGUGUUGAGGUCGCGCACGACCGAGAAUUUAAUCGGCGCUGCGAAGCGUAUCUCAGAGGCUAGCAUGACUUCGCUGCCGGCGGAACAGAACCCACGGCGCUGGGUGGAGGCUUUCUCUGGAAGGAGAACGCGCUGGGAGUUGCUGGGGACGCUGUUCACGUACUGGUCGUCCGCGGCGUCGCAGCUGUCGGUGGAGCAUGAGUCCAUCACCCGGUACUGUCAGCGACACUCUGUCAAGGGGCCCAAGGAAUUGAUGGUGCAUCUGAAACGGUGCGCAUCCAUCUGCCUGGACCUGUGCAGCCAGCUGGGUGCUAUCAACAUUCUCUUCGUCCACAUGGCGUUUAAGCACAAUAUCCUCGAGAGCAUCGCCAGCGGUGACAAGAGUCUUUCAUGCUGGCGACAACACGGGGAUGUCGUCGCCAUCACGACAUCCAUUGGUCUCCACCGGGAACUCUCCACAGAUUGGAACGAGGUGUCAUUCCAGCACGAGCUGAAGAGACGGAUCUACGCGUCGAUCUAUAAUUUUGACAAGGUCAUUUCCACCUUCACAGGAAGACCACCGCUACUGACCCGACAAUACUCGACGACACAGCUGCCGCUGGAAAUAAGCGACGAGGAUAUCCUCUCGAACCGUCUCUCCGACGCGGUGAUCAAGCUGGACUCGAAUGGGUGGGACCGCAGCGAAGAGCGGGAAUUGUAUCCGACGACGGUGCUUCGCGCGCGCACAAUGCUAGCGAGGAAUCGAGAAGCGCUGCUGGAGGUUCUGGAAACCUCGCAGGACAGCAUCACGGAAUCUGCUGUAGAGACAUGCCUCCGACUCAAAACCGAGGCAAUGGACAUCCAAGCCCAAUUCCCCGAGGCUCUCGCUUUCAAACAAGAAUACAUCGACGACGCCGAUAUCCCAGGACAAUUAAUCUUCCUCCGGAUUCUCGUUCGACUCGACUACCUUCUCAACCUCUUCAUUCUGGAACGUCUUCUAACACGCCACAAAGUCGUCUCCGAACAGGCCUUGAUCCACGUCAGCCACGAAAUGCUCGACCUGACGCUGAAAUACUGGAAACAUAAAGACCGAUUCAAGAACCACAGCGACUUUUCCUGGCUGGCCAUGUCCUACGCCGUCCCCUGCAGCGGGAUCCUCUGUCUCGAACUCCUCCGCCAAGCCACCUCCCCAUCGACCUACAUGCUCGAUCUUCCCCGCUCCGACAUCAUCCAAAACCUCAGUCUACUCGUCGCAUUUCUCGACUGGUUGAAACCAUCCAGCUCGGACAUCAUCGCCAAGGGACAAAUCAAGGGGAUUCUGCGCCGUUCGCUGGAUCGGAUUCUCAGUAUGCCGGCAUCGCUAUGCACCCCGACUACAGUGGACGAUAUGGUAUUGCAGAAUUGGGUGGGGAAUGAGUAUCCCCAUUUGGAUUUGUUAAAUACGUUUGCGUGGGUGGAUUGGGAUGCUGCGUAGCUUGCCCCUGCCCUAAUGGUAUAUUCACCGUGUGCUGUUUGUAUUGUAGUCACCCCCCCCGCAUCUAUACCCAUAUAUCACUCAUCAUUAUAACUC